CACACCACAGAUGAAAUAAGACUUAACUUUCCAGUAAUAAAAUACCAGUAGCUUCUGCAUAGCACAAGAGAGAGAGAGUCGGCGAGAGGGCAGGAGGCAGGGCAGAGAGCUCUGGGUCUCCUAUUGUACUGAAGCCUGCUCCUAGAAAAGCACUCUCCAGAUGCAGAUGGACACUGGAAGCAGCAGGAUGUCUCCUGCCUCCUCUCUCCCCACGGUCAUCAUUUUCCUUCUCGUUUCUGGAGCUUUUCCAGAAUCCUGUAAGGGGAUUAUAGGAGGAAAUGAGGUCCCAUCCCACGCCAGACGCUACAUGGCUCUCAUCAAAGGGCUGGAAAUCUGUGCGGGGGCUUUGAUCAACGAAAAGUGGGUCCUGACUGCUGCUCACUGUGACCUGAGAGGCAAGCCUCAAGUUAUCCUUGGUGCCCACUCUGUAGCUCAGAAAGAGAAACUUGAACAGACAUUUUCCAUUAAAAGGGCAAUUUCCUACCCAUGCUAUGACCCUGAGACAUUUCAAGGAGAUCUUCAACUCCUUCAGCUGGAUGGUAAAGCAGCUAUCACCAAAGCGGUGGGAAUCCUUCACCUCCCGAAAAGAGGCGAGGAUGUGAAACCCCACACCAAGUGUCAUGUGGCUGGAUGGGGGAGUACCAAAAGAGAUUCUUGCAAGGUUUCCAACAUCUUGAGAGAAGCCAAUGUCACCGUGAUCGACCGAAGAGUCUGCAACGACCCAAAGCAUUACGCUUUCCAACAGUUGGUGGACAACAGCAUGCUCUGUGCAGGCGGCAGGAAAGGGGAAGAUGAUUCGUGCAGUGGGGAUUCUGGAAGCCCUCUGAUAUGUGAUAACAUUUUCAGGGGUGUCACUUCCUUUGGGAAAUGUGGUGACCCCAAGAAGCCUGGUGUCUACAUUCUUCUCACAAACAAAUAUCUCAACUGGAUACAGAAAACCAUUGCAGGAGUUAUGUAACACCGUUCCUUCAAAGCAGACCCCCGAGGUUACAACUGGAAGAGAUCAAGCAAAGCGGUCUGAAACUUGACUUAUCCCAAGAAGCACUUCUUCCUAACUGUGCCAGCCAUGGCCUGUCUGGCAUGAUCACCAGUCACCAGCUUGCACUGCCCUGCUGGUCACUAAGACUGCAGCUUAGCAUUUAACUCUUUCUGUGGGAAGAGAGAACUGUAAAAAGAGGGUCAGGCUGAUGCUUUCUGUGUGUCAAUUAAAAAAAACCAGUAGUCCUGGGGAAAACUAAAAUAUUCUUCACUCUCCCAAAUAUAACUCUCAAAUACCUAUGGCAC